AGUGAAGAGUGGCAGGACAGUGCUUUGCAGGCACUCAGGUAUUGUAGUCAAGCUGUAAGUGAAAGAAUACUCAUCUUUCAUUCAUCGGUAUGGCGCACAAUUCUGGCGAGCAUGGCAUGAACCUCGGAUCUCGGAAACUCGUGGUUCUGGGUAUCCCGUGGGAUGUUGAUACGGAAGGUUUGAGGCAGUAUAUGCUGAAGUUUGGUGAACUCGAUGACGUCAUUGUUAUGAAGGAUCGCGGCACAGGACGAUCGCGAGGAUUUGGUUACGUGACAUUUGCAACAGUCGAAGAUGCCAAGAAAACAGUUUCUACGCAACAUUCUCUAAAUGGACGAAUGUUGGAGGUGAAAGUUGCAACUCCAAAGGAAGAGAUGAAGCCACCCGCGAAGAAGAUAACGAGGGUUUUCGUCGCCAGAAUCCCUCCUAGUGUCACCGACGAAGCUUUUCGAAGUUACUUUGAAAAAUAUGGGACCUUAACUGAUGCUUACAUGCCAAAGGAUCAAGGUUCGAAGGCGCAUAGAGGCAUUGGCUUUGUUACAUUUGAAAUUCCAGAAUCGGUUGACAGACUCAUGAAUGAAACCCAUGAGCUUGGUGGGUCGACCAUUGCUGUGGAUCGUGCUACACCGAAGGAGGACGGUGUGAAGACUUGGGGACGAGGAUUUCAUGGAGGCAACCAAAAUUCUGGAUCCAAUGCUGGAUCAGGUUCCUACGGAGCUUAUGGUGUUUACACAAAUACAGCCCGGUUUGGUGGCUUGGGAGGCGGAUUUGGAGCUUAUGACUAUCCAGGUUCUGGUUUUGGAAGUGAUUUAGGUCCAUCUGGUGGGCUGAGCAGUGCUUAUGGGGGUGGGAAUUCCUGGCCCCCUGCUCCCUCAGGAGCUGGCUAUGGCGGCCCAGGUUUGGGGAUUUCAGGGGGAGUCUCCGGCAGCUUUGGUUCUGGUGGUCCACCGGUUCCGCCUCUGAGGGGGUUAGGUACAAAAAUCUUUGUUGGCAGAUUACCUCCAGAAGCAAAUGCAGAGGAUUUAAGGCGCUAUUUCAACAAUUUCGGAAGGAUAUCUGAUGUUUAUGUUCCAAAGGAUGCAAAAAAAACAUCACAUAGAGGUUUCGGCUUUGUUACUUUCUCUGACGAAGGUGCGGCUGAACGAGUUGCUCUCAGGAAUCAUGAGAUUCUUGGGCAUCAGAUUGCUGUAGACCGUGCAGCACCUCAGGACGAAGUGGCAAACGUCCCAUACAUGAGCGGCUUUGGUGGCGUGGGUUCAUUUUCUGGAGGAGCUGGGGGCCCAAUGAGAGGGGGUAAUGCGCCGUUACUAGGAAGUGGAUACGGUUCCUUGCCAGGCAAUCUCGACUUCAAUUCUGGGUGGGGUGCUUAUGGCGGUGUAGGUGGAUUACCAUCAGGUUUGGACUCUGGACUUUCAGGCGGCCAUCGCUCUUCUAGGUCAGAACCUCGCUACAGACCAUAUUAAAAUUAUUAUCAGCGAGCUGCUCAAGUGAAGCGGUCAAUAUAUGUGUGAAGUAGAACCGGAGGUUGUAGCGAGAAAGACCAAGAAGCUGGUCAGAGAGUUAUACUGCGUGCAAUCAAGGAUAUAUUAUGUUGGAAGAAUAUCGAUUGAAGGAUUACCUGUGGAAUAUCUUAGGAUAUGUCAGUCGCUCAGGGAUGUUUGAUCAGACCAUUGUCGAAGCCUAUAUUUAGGCUUUGCAUGUGGUUUACACCUUAAUCAACUGUAAUUUCAUGUUCUAACUUAAAGAAUGAUCUAUGUCAACUUUGAAUAAC